AUGAUCAGUCGUUUGCGCUUUUUCCCAUCAACAAAUGGUUCAGUCAAUAUUGGAUCUUAUCCUGCGUUUCAUAAUAAUUACUAUCGUGUUCGAAUAACCUUUGAUUCACUUGAAGAAAAUACUCUCAAAUUGGCUUAUGAAGAUGCUAAAUGUCUAUUUAAAGACCACAUUAUAGAGUACAGUGCUGAUCCAGUCGAUAAAGCUGAUGAAGAAGUGUACCAGUUAUGUAAGCAGACAGAAUCUAAUUUGGGUAAAUGUGUGGCUAAAUCUUUACAAUUUAUAGAAGAAGUAUUGAACAAAUACAGUGAAACUGAGCUAGUUAUAUGCUUCAAUGGUGGUAAAGAUUGCACUGUGUUACUUCAUUUAAUCCAUGCUGCAGUUCAACAUCGAAAUAAUAAUUCAAAAAUAAAACCUACGAGAUUACCCAAACUUUUAUAUAUUCGUUCAUGUUCUACUUUUCCAGAAAUUGAACUAUUUGUUAAGAAAACAAUCGAUGCUUAUUAUUCAUUAUCUAACAAAAUUUUACGACCAGAUUUAAAACAACAUGAACAUGGACAGAAUAAUGUUAAUUCACAGUCUUCCUCAUGUUCAGUAGAUAGUGAUGUAAUUAUAUAUGAAGGGUCUAUUAAAAGUGCAUUGGAAAGAUUUUUGCGGGAUUAUCCUGAAGUAAAGGGUGCUUUUAUGGGCACAAGAUUUACAGAUCCUGGAGCACAGAAACUGUCACAUAUGAUGAUGUCAGAUCCUGAUUGGCCUCAAAUUCUUCGAAUUAAUCCACUUUUAGAGUGGACUUAUUCUGAUAUUUGGAAUUUUCUCCGAUCUCUUUCACUUCCGUACUGCAGUUUGUAUGAUGCCGGAUAUACAUCAAUUGGAAGUGUGGAAGGCACACACCCUAAUCCCCAAUUAAAAUACAUAACAGAAAGUGGACGGAUCGCAUACCAUCCAGCCUAUACAUUAAACGAGGAAAUUUGUGAACGCAUCGGUCGUGUACAUACAAAUACAAAGCUCGAUUGA